UCUCUUUUCUUCACAGGCCAGUGGACCUUGGCAAGUUUCGGCUGGAGGCCAAGAAAGGACUGGAAGUUCUCUGAUGUCAGAAGAAUCAUGGGAUGGAGACUCACCUGCUUGUUGAACGGGGAAGGACGUUCAGUGCAAGAGUUGAAGAGCUUCGGAAGGAGUCACAAGAUCCUAACGACCGGCGUGAUCGUCGUGAGGCAUACCAAGCCAUGAGUGUUCUUUACUGGGAAGCUGCAUUAGAUCAUCUCAAGAUGAUGGCCAGUCAUCGAGCAGUCCUACACCCCAAGAAGCCAAUGCAUGUUUUAACAUGUCCACAAACCAUUUGAAGAUGGUCAGGUUGCUAAGUUACCUGAUGAAGGUGCUGUAGUGAUCGCUGAGUCGCUCUUUGAGAAAGGUCAACACCAGGUGGCGCUGUCUAACCUUGCUAAAGCUAAAUCCCCAAAGGCUCUCUUUGCAAAAGCUAUGAUACUUCAUGUGUUGGCCUCUGUGGAGACGGAUAAUAAACCAGUUGAUAAGAUCACAGUAGAUACUUUGAAGAAACAGGGAGAUCUCUUAGAUCAAUCCAAACAUACUCUCUAUCUCACUAUGGAUAGCAUCGAUAAGGAACCAAGAAAUCCACUCCAUGAGGAAGUCCAGACACUCUUAGAGGAGAUUGAGUCGGAGCAAGCAUCAACCUUAGAACAGAUCACAGCCCUGGACACUAACCAUUCAGAUAUCUCAAACCUCUCAUCAAUAAGACACUCCUUCCUUGGAGAGAACACUCGUAGCUCAAGUCAUAGGACGCCCUCAAGGGACUACGACUCGCCAUUCAGGGAAUCGAUGGCUAGAGAGAAUCGGACCCUAUCACAAUGUCAGUUCUCAGAACAGCUGAGUCCUGACCCGAGCCCUCGUCUGGCAGCUGAGGUUCGAGCCCUGACCCUCUCUCAUUCACAUCUUCUCGAUCAAAAUCAAAGAUUGAUAAAAAGAGAAGAUAAACUCAUGGAGUCCAAUGCUGAGCUCAUGAAACAAGUCCUUCAACUCACUCUGAGUCCUGACCCGAGCCCUCGUCUGGCAGCUGAGGUUCGAGCCCUGACCCUCUCUCAUUCACAUCUUCUAGAUCAAAAUCAAAGAUUGAUAAAAAGAGAAGAUAAACUCAUGGAGUCCAAUGCUGAGCUCAUGAAACAAGUCCUUCAACUCACUAAAGACCUUCAAGAGAUUAAACUUCAACAAGCCAAGGCAAUGAAUCAGACCCCAGCAGCACCAGCCAUUGUCACACCCGCUCCAGUUACUCCAUCUACUCAAGGUGUGACAGGGACCCCAGCUCCUCAAGCCACGUCAUCACCUCAGCUUCCUCAGCAAUCACCACAACAACAACAACCAACACAUCCCCUGGCUUCAAGGCAAAGUGGAAGUCCCAGCACGCAGCAGACUCCUAACCGUGGUCUCUACCAACCCCACCCUGGUUACCAUCCCUUAGAGUCAGGGGCAUACUACCACCCCCACAUGGUCCCGCCCUCCCAGAUGGGUGCGGCCGCUAACCAGGCGUGGUACCCCUCGGCUUACGGCAUGCCUUCGCCCAUGCACAACCCCGCCUUCUAUGCCCAGCAGGGUUACGCCAUGCCGACCUACGAUCGCAGCGGCAUGUCACCGGGGAUGAUGGCGUCAACGCCGAGGAGCAGCGGGCGUGGUCCGUUGGAGAGCCUCUACGGGAUGUACACCUCAAUUCCUGCUUCCCCGGAAGAGAAGGGUUCCGCUGAACAAUUGGCUGCAUUACAAAGUUUAAGGCAGCAGCAGCAACAGCAGGCAUCGUCAGCAACUGCAGCCUACAACCAGCGUCUCCUGGUUUCUGGAGGAGCAGGAGCAGCCAGCAUUCAAGGGGCUUCCCCUCAGAAGCUUGGCCUUGAGAUAGAAGAGAAGGGUACCCUAGGAAGGGCCACUGGGACACCAACAUCCACAGACAAACCUGUCAUGUUCAAAGCGUCAGAUAAACCAUUCUCUUUUGCCAAUGCCGGGGCCCCUGUCUUUGGAGCUGGUGGUUCCCAUGACAACGAUGAUAAUGAUGACUCACACGGCGGUGACGAGGAGUUCGAUCCUCACUACGAACCGAUCGUAACGCUGCCCGACAUCGGCACCAUCAAAACUGGGGAAGAGGAUGAUGUAGAGAUGUUCCGUCACAGGGCUAAGCUGUUUCGUUUUGAUCGCGACGCCAAGGCGUGGAAGGAGCACGGCGUAGGAGAUAUCAAGAUCACGAGGAAUCCAAAGACCGGCCGUGCUCGUAUUCUCAUGAGGAGAGAUCAGAUUCUUAAGCUUUGUGCAAACCACUACAUCACAGCUACCAUGGAGCUGAAACCGAUGAUGGCUUCAGAGACGUCUUGGAUCUGGUUUGCUUGUGACUUCUCUGAGGAAGAAGCUAAGAACGAACAACUCGCCGUCAAGUUCAAGCACGUUGAAGAUUCCAAACGAUUCAAGGAAUGUUUCUUAGAAGCUCAGAAACUACUUGAUGUCAAGGAAAGAAAGACAGAGGAGGAGGAGAAGAAGAAAGAGGAAAAGACUGCGAGCAGUAAGACCAGUGAGGUCCAGUCACCAAGUAUAUUGCAAUCAAAUCCACAGCUUACGAGUCUACUACUUGGUAAAGAGUCAUCAACUAGUACCAAACCUGAUGCCAAGGCUUCACCUGUCCCUGAAACCCAAGGGGCGAGUGCUUCUGACAAGGGUGCAUCGAUUGCUGCAAGAUUCGCCAAGAAACCAGGGUCGUGGGACUGUGACACCUGCCUUGUUAACAAUCAAGCAGAUGCUACAUCUUGUGUUGCAUGUGCCACACCAAAGCCAGGUACGGAUCCCAAACCAUCUUCAGGUGCAGCUGGCGGUGCCUUUAGCGCUCCAUCAGGGUUUGCCUUUGGUACUAAGUCAGGUGGUACCGGUACUGGGUUUGCUUUUGGCAGUAAACAGACACCAUCUACAGGAAGUACCACUGGAAGUGGCAUCUCCUUCAAGUUACCCUCUGGGUUCAGCGGGUUUUCUGGAAGUUCUGAUACCACGAAGGGUACAACCCCCAACUCUACCAUAACUGAUGGUGCCACAGCUGGUGCCGCCUCAUCAGGUUCAUCUGUAGGAAGUACCACUGGAAGUGACAUCUCCUUCAAAUUACCCUCAGGGUUUAGCAAGUUUUCUGGAAGUUCUGAUGCCACGAAGGGUGCAACCCCCAACUCUGCCUCUACUGAUGGUGCCACUGCCGGUGCUGCCUCAUCAGGUUUAUCAUCUAAACUUUCUGCGGGGUUCAACUUCAAACCUCAGUCUUCAGCUUCGCCAGGAUCUGUCUUUGAUGCCAAGAAAGAUGAAACUCAAAAGCCUAAGGAGAGCGAUGGUGCCAGCAAGGCACCCUCAACAGGCUUUCUUUUUGGGAGCCCCAAGACCAAUGAAGCAGAACCUUCAGGGGCGACCACUCCUGGCGGUACAAAGGUCACAGACAAGUUCACCUUUGGUACCCCCAUGCCUCAGUUCUCUUUUGGUGGCAAGAGCAAAUCUGCAGGUGAUACAGGAUUUGCAUUUGGGGUUCCAUCAAGUAAGCCAGCUGCAGAUGAAACUAAAGAAGGAUACCCAUUCUCUGAUGCUCUCAAGACCUUGAGCAAUGAUUCUGAAUCCAAAGCAGACUCUACAACAACAACAACAGCACCGACCACUUCCUCUAUGCCAAGCAAACCUUCACUGACCUUUGCUGACCUUGCCAAAUCUCAAGGAUCCUCUUUCACAUUCCGUAUGGACAUCAACGCUGUGACUGCCACCAGCUCGGCCAAGUCUCCAGCUGGAGCCAAGUCUCCUGCCGGAGCCAAGUCUCCUGGAGUAGGAAGGUCUCCUAAGACCUCUUUCUCCAGGGGAGGGAGAACACUGUCCGGAGGCUCUGUGGAUGAUGAGGUGGAGCAAGGAGAUGAUAUCUACUUUGAACCCAUCUUUCAGUUACCUGAUGAUUAUGAAGUCAAGACAGGAGAGGAAGGAGAAGAGGCAAAGUUCAGCCACCGUGCCAAGUUAUAUCGCUACGAUGGUGGAUCAAAACAAUGGAAAGAGAGGGGUGUGGGAGAUAUCAAGGUUCUAUAUAACUCUGAUAAACAUUCCUACAGGAUCGUCAUGAGAAGAGAACAGGUCUUCAAAGUCUGCGCCAACCACCUCAUUACCUCUCACAUUGAGCUUCGUCCAAACGCCGGCUCUGACCGUUCGUGGGUGUGGUCAGCCAUGGAUGCUUCGGACGGUACGGUCCAGAAUGAACAACUAGCCGUCCGCUUCAAGAUGGCUGAAACUGCCAAGGAGUUCAAGAAGGCUGUUGACCAGGCAAAGGAAGAUCUAGAGAAGGGUGGAGGAAAGGAGAAGAAGGCUGAUUCUUCAGAUUCUAAAAGUAAAGAGCCUGUUGUCAAGUCGUGUGACCCCAACCUCUCAUCUGCUCUUGCCGACGCCAUCAAAGCAUCAUCAGAAUCCACUGCCUCGUCAUCCAUUCAAUCAAUUUCUGGAGACGUGAACCCAGAGGAAGAGAGAGACAUUCACUUCCAGCCGAUCGUCAAACUCCCAGAAAAGGUAGACAUCAUCACAGGAGAGGAGCAAGAGAGGGCGGUUUUCGUCGGGCGUGGCAAGCUCUACCGGUUUGAUGUAGGGUCUCGACAGUGGAAGGAAAGGGGCCUGGGUGAUAUGAAGAUCAUGAAGAAACACGAUGCUGAUGUGUACCGGAUUGUUAUGAGGAGAGAGCAGAUUCACAAGGUUUGUGCCAACCACUAUAUCACCACUACCAUGUCACUGCAUCCAAUGGCUGGUUCAGACCGGGCCUGGGUGUGGCAUGCCAUGGAUGCUGCCGACGGCCCACCGGUCUCGGAGCAGCUCGCUAUCAAGUUCAAAGACACCACCAUCGCUGGAUCCUUCAAGGAGAUGUUUGAGGAAGCUCAGGCAAAGAUUAGACUCCGAGAUGAACAGACUGGAAGUCAGGGUGAGGGAGCUACCGCAUCGUCUUCGUCUACCAGUCAAGGAGACAAGGUUGCCAAGGCAACCGCCUCCAACCAAGAUGAAAUUGAACUGAAGACAGAAACCCAUGAAGCAGAAGAAGAAGAGGAGGAGGAAGAUGAAGAGGAUUAUGAGGAUGAUGAUGAUGAUGAUGAGGAUUAUGAGGAUGAAUAUUAUGACGAAGAAGAGGACGAUGAUGAGGACGAUAUUUAUGAUUACCAUGAUGAUGAUGACGAUGGAGAGGAAGACGAUAAGGAGAAUGAUGAAAAUGAGUCAAAAACCAAAUAACGUGAUCACUGACAUCGUCUUCCUCGUCGACAGUAGCGGCAUCAUCUGAAAGCUAUGAUGAGGGUGCAGUCGAGAAGAAAAAUUUGAAUUCAUGUUUGUAACCAUAAGGUUCCCUUGUGCUUUAUCUUAUUCUGGAUUGAUUUUUAUGGAUAUCCAAAAUUGGAUUGUUUCAUGGAAAUAUUUAUGUUUAACCAAAACAGUGCACAAGCUAAAGUAUGGAUAUAGAAAUAACACAAAUUUGAUGUACAUGUUCCUUGUUCUCUUUUGCCAUUGUAAAGUACAAUUGUUCUUAUAAGAAGGAUUAUUUCUGGUUCUGUACUUAGAAGCAUCAAAAGCUGAAUUCAUUGGAUAUUUCAUAGGUAAUGGUUACAAGAGCAUGUGGAAUCAAUUGUAAGCCAAGCUCAAAUCUAAAUUUCAUUCAUAAACUUUGUUAUUAGAAAUGGAAAUUUACAAUUUUUGAUUUGCUAUAAUUACGAUUGCUUUCAAAAUUACAUCAAUCAAUUGCAAAUUUGAUUUUAAAAUGUUUAAUGUUUCAUGCAAAAAAACGCUCUCAGUUCCUUUCUGAUUAUUGAGAGAUACCAAACCUUGCUGAUCACCACGGAUAAAUGAAAAUAUUUACGAUUUAAUCAUGAUUAAUUAUUGAUUCAACCUCUCCCUGAUUGGUAUGUUGAUUGGAUGGAGUGAGGUUUGAGAAAGAUCUCCAUUUCCCAGAAAAAAACUUCUGUUGAAAGUUCUAUGAUCAUUUGUUUUCAAUAAAAAAGAACUGUAACUAUGGUUACCUGGCUCGACAGCCAAUCAAAAUGAAGGUAUCCAUGGUAUUUACAUGUACCUUAAAUCAUAACACUUUAGAAAACAGGCAAACUGCCCUCCCUUGACCAGUUUCAACUUCUCAAAAUUUAUACCUUAUGUAUAAACUGCUGUUACAAUGUGGACUUAAUCUAUCCAAGACUUUAAACUUUAUAAUUUGAGAUCGAUCAGUUUUAUGACAUUAUCUUGUAAUCAUGUGGAUUGCAUUAUUACGUUUAUCCUAUCUGCUUUGUAAUACAACUUGUGUUAUCAAGUUUCUGUAUCAUUGUAAGCUUGUAGUCUAUUCAUCAUUCCUGUAGAUAUAUACAUACCAACUGUACCUAUUAAAUAGGACAGUCCAGGUGGGUGUUUCAUGAAAGUUGUCAGCACUGACUAAUUUGUCAGUGCUGACAAUUUCAGUGAAAUCCUUGGUUUUGAUUGGCUGAAAGGCACUGGCUCUGACUGUUACUAUAGUAACUGUCGGAGAAAGACAACUUGUCAGUGCUGACAACUUUCAUGAAACAGUCCCCAGAUGUUAGGUGAAAGAAAGAGUCUAUUCAGCCGCUAUGUCGCUUUGUACUUACGAAUCUCAGCAAUGUUCCUUUGUUCAGUUUUGUCUUCCUGCUUUCUUGGGUUUCAAGUUUGGCAGGUGUAUGGAUGUUUCAUUAUUGGCAGCAUUGCGAGGCUAAUUCAUCUGGUUUUGAAAAUACUUAAAUGCACAUGUGUAAGACAUGGUAGCUUUAAAAGAGCACCACCAUAUACAACAGUAGUUGCAUCUCAAAUCUAAAGCUGCCUUUGAUGUGAUGCACAAUGUAGAAGAUGAAAUUGAGAAAGAGAAUUCAUGACCAGAUGAAAAAGGUUGUGUUCUUUUAUUGAUUAUUUUGAAAACUAAAUAGUGUUCUGGGGCCCUGUUUCAUAAAGAGUUACAACUAUUUUAGCUUCUCCAUUAUGGCACACCACUACCAUGGUAACAAGACUCAGCAGCCAAUCACAAUCAAGGUUUCCUUGUGAGGUACAAUAAUGACAGUUAUAAUAGUUGUAAUUCUUAAAUGAAACAAGGCCCCUUGACUGUCAACAUUUGAUUACCCAUGAGAUCAUGAAAAGAUGGCGGCUUUUGUUUCAACCCACCAUUUUAAUUGGUUCUGUGUUUUUCAUCUCUGAUGUAAUGUUCUGUGUAUAUGUUUUCUCUAAAAUGAAAUUGCAAGUCCUAUGUGAGGCGUAAAUGUAAAGAAAGCAUUGUGAGCCUUCCGUUAUCGAAUAUUUGAACGUUAUUUGUAAAGAAAAAACAUGCCUUAUUGUCGAUUUGAUUUUUAGCAUACAAUAAAUUUUGAGUUGAUACUUGUA